CAUCCUCUGCCCAACUAGCUGUCAAGCAAUUGUUUGUAAGCCUUAGCUUCAUCAAAACUUGCAGUAAGUUUUAUCACCAAAAAGUUAACUCAGUAAAGCAUGCUUACUUACACGCUCAUUUUGUUGUUGAUUAUUAGAAGAGCUUAAGACAAAUUAUUUGCAAUUUCUUUCAUUCUAGAUGGAGAGAGGCUUUGUUCGUGUUAUAGCUUUAAUAACUAGACAAAUGGUAAUAAGUGGCCACAGGCAAUGGGUAGCUGUGAACAUCACAGCAAAAUCCUUGUGGUGAUGGAAACAGAGCAGGAAUGGGAAUUUAUCAAAAAUGCGAUUCAAGACCGGGUAGGCAGCAAAUAUGGUGAAUGGUUCAUAGGCUUGGAGCAAAAUUUCACAACAGAGAAAUGGACUUGGAUCAAUGGUAAACCUCUGAGUAUUGACAAAUGGCAGAGCUCAAAUCCUGAACCGAACGACCUUUAUGGGCUGAUUCAUAAAGAAUUUCCAGUUGGAUUCAAAGGAUCUUUUAGUACCAUAAAAGGUGUCAUACAAAGAGGUUGGAUUUGCGAGGAAGAAACAGACAAUUGUCGAGGAGACUGUUUCUCGCACGCUGUUCCGACAAGUAGCAGUCUGCCUGGAACAAAAGCUGCUUCUACACGAGGGAAGACGUCAAGUGAACAAGAUAUCACCAAUCCUCCUGGAACAAAAGCUGUUACUACGUGAGGGAAGAUGUCAACUGAACAAGAUAUCACCAAUCCUCCUGGAACAAAAGCUGUUACUACACCGCGAGGGAAUACGUCAACUGAACAAUAUAUCACUGAUGAAUCAGGUAAAUCUAAGCAUAUGUAAAAGAGCAUUUUUCAUAAAGCAGUAGAAGUUGUUUUGUUUCAAUUUGUUUUUGUUCGUUUAUUUUUUAUCAGAGCAAAAUACAUUUCUUUGAUUUAUAGUGGUUUUCUCUGGUCAUUUUUUUAUGUUUAAUGUUCAUUUUUAAGCUUGAAGGCUGGACAGGUGGUAAAGAAUUCAGUGUUAACAACCUUUCAAAGCUAACAAAAAUUUUAAAGUAUUGAUGCAUUAAAUCCAGGGUCUUCAACAAAUGUCUUCACCCCUACCCCGCCAAAAUCAACAGACGAAGUCCUCAUGGAUGACAAAAGCAGUCCUUCUCCUACAGUAACGAUAGCAGCCGCCUCUUUAGGCGUAGUGCUCUUCAAAGUGUUGAUCAUUUUUGUUGUAGUCAUAUUGCUAUGGCGAAAGAAACA